GUUGGCGAAGCUGUGUGAAUUAGAUCUACUAAAGUGAUAAAUUAAAUACAAAAUGGAAAACGAACCACCUAUUGAAACCGUAUUACAAGCAUUACAGGCUCUCUAUAACAACCCAGAUAAAGCUGGGAAAGAGCAGGCUUCAGUAUGGCUUGGGGAACUUCAACGAUCGGUAUGCGCUUGGCAGAUUUCAGACCAGUUACUGAGACAGCAACAUACGCUGGAGUCUUGCUACUUUGCUGCACAAACAAUGAGGACCAAAAUACAGUAUUCUUUCCAUGAGCUGCCGGUUGAUUCCCAUGGGUAUUUGAAGGAUUCUCUACUGGAGCAUGCUGGGAAGAUAUCAGGAGACACACAGGCAAUUAUUGUUACGCAGCUUAGUCUUGCCUUGGCUGACCUUGCACUACAAAUGGCAGCAUGGAAAGAUGCCCCACUGGAGCUUGUACAAAGGUUUGGAAGCAAUGUACACCAGCUACCUUUCCUGCUGGAAGUGUUGACUGUUAUACCUGAGGAGGUGAACAGCCGGUCACUGCGCCUCGGAUCCAACAGACGAACUGAUGUUUUGGAAGAGCUCACAAAAGCCUCCCCUGUUGUAUUACAGUUACUGACAGCCUGUCUAGAGACAUGUGCCAAUGACCCUCGAGCCCAGGCCAAAGUGUUCCGUUGCAUGGGCAGCUGGUUUGCCCUUGGAGUGGUGCAGGACGACUGUAUCACACACAACAAACUUUUGAUGGCUCCCUUUCAGGUCCUGGUAGCACAAGACUGUCCAUCUCUUUUACAUGAGGCUGCCACUGACUGUAUAUGUUCAGCUUUGUACUGUGCAGAUGAUCUACGGAAACAUUUACAGCUAGCAGAAGCCUUGUACCAUGGGAGUCUUACACUUCAGGAAGCCUACCAUAUGACUGUUGCCCUGGAGGACACUGAUAAAUCUAUCAAUUUUUGUAGAAUAUUUACUGAACUGGCAGAGUCUCUUUUAGAAGCCAUUGUCGACACACCAAACCAGGGCCUUGGAGACCUGAGGAUAUUGGAAAUACUGCUAACAUGUGUGGGUCAUCAUUUAUAUGAGGUGACAGAAAUUACAUUUAAUUUUUGGUACCGCCUCUCAGAAGACCUGUACCAGCGAAGUCAGGACAUGUUAACUGAUGUAUUCAAACCAUACAUACAGAGAUUGAUUAUAGCUUUAUGUCACCACUGUCAGAUGGACACUGACCAUGAAGGCGUGCCUGAUGAAUCGGAUGACUUUGGAGAGUUCAGGAUACGUGUGUCAGAGUUAAUUAAAGAUGUGAUAUUUGUUGUGGGAUCAUCCCGAUGUUUUAAUCAGAUGUUUGAAAACUUGAAGUCCCAGACAACAUCUACAUCAUGGGAGGUAACUGAGGCCUCUUUGUUUGUUAUGACUGCUGUAGCCAAAAACUUGUUACCGGAGGAGAACGAGAUUGUGCCAGAAGUUGUUAAGGCCAUCCUGUCUAUCCCAGACACAGCCCAUGUGUCUGUAAGACACACCAGUGUACGUCUGUUUGGAGAGCUGUGCGAGUGGAUAGAGAAACAUCCAGAAUUUUUAGAUCCAGUGCUGCAGUUCCUACUGCGAGGAUUACAGGACCCUAAGUUGGCGACUGUCGCAGCUAAUUCUCUCCAGUUAAUAUCAACAACAUGUCGAGAGAAAAUGAUCGACCACUUUCAGGGACUUUUACAAAUUGUACAGGCAAUAGAUACUUUCAACCUGUCAUCCGAGGCUGCUAUUGGCCUUCUCAAAGGAACAGCUACUAUAUUAGGACGUUUACCAUACGAUAAAGUCGGGGAUGGUCUCUCUCAGCUGUGUUCAUAUCAACUCACACCAUUAAACAAGAUCAUAGCCACAGACAACAACAAACCUAAACAAGGCAGUUCUGAGGACCCCACCAUCUGGCUCGAUCGUCUGGCAGCCAUAUUUAGACACACAAACCCAACAGUGACAAAUGGGACAACACACCCGUGUCUGUUACCGAUCCAAGAGGUUUGGCCAGUUCUGUCACAGGCUUGUGAAAAGUACCAGGCUGAUAUUCGCAUUGUAGAGCGAUGUUGUCGCUGCAUACGCUUUGCCAUCAGAUGCCUAGGAAAAAGCUCUGCAUCUCUGCUCAGCCCUCUAGUAUCUCAGAUGAUAACACUGUACCAGGUCCACCAGCACUCCUGUUUCCUUUACUUAGGCAGUAUACUUGUGGACGAGUAUGGUAUGGAGGGGGCGUGUCAGCCCGGACUUCUCAACAUGUUACAGGCUUUUUGUGUGCCAACAUUCAAAAUCUUAGAGGAACACAAUGGAUUGAGAAACCAUCCAGACACAGUGGACGACUUGUUCAGACUUUGUCUAAGGUUUAUACAGCGGGCCACUUUGCCCUAUUUGGAGUGUGCCAUGGCCAAACCUAUUCUGUGUUGUGCUAUUGCUGCCUGUUCACUGGAUCAUCGUGAUGCUAAUGCCUCUGUCAUGAAAUAUCUCACAGAUUUCCUCGGCUGUGCUACACGCAAAGAGGAUAAGGAAGACUUUGCUGUGAGACAGACGUCGGUUAAAACACUGCUCACUGAACAUGGCCAGGCCCUGGUUAAUGCUCUAAUAAAUGGCUGUAUCUUCUCCCUGCCCACCUUCAUGACUGUAGAUAUUGGCGAAGUCAUCUAUGAACUCAUGAUCAUCGAUAGACCCGUUUUCUGUAAAUGGCUGGAAGUCAUGUUAAAGUCACUUCAAACAGAGGGUAGUGGAGGGGCAGUAACAGCAACUCAUAAACAGCUCACAGAUUUCCACAAAGCUGUUACCAGCGCUGAGAAUGUGAAGCAGGUGUCUAACGCUCUGAGGGAGUUUGCUCGCUUGUAUAGAUAGGAUACACCUACACUCCUGUGAAAUUUGUCUUUCCUUCCUGGCUGUCAUGUGAUGCUGAUUUAUAUGGCUAAGCAAUGCUGAGUUAUGUUGUGAUACAUAUCCCGUAGUCCUGUGAUUAGGAGCCAUGUGGUCAUGUAAUGCUGAGCAGGUGGUCAUGUGACUUGGUCUGUAAGACCCUUCCUGAUGUUAGUGAUGUGUGUUACAUUGUGUUUGUUCAGAUCAUGGCUGGUCAUUGGAAUGAAAUGCAAAAGUAACCAACUGUGUGACCAAUAUAUCAUAUUUCAUCAUCAAUAUAGACUGGGGAAACCCUAUCAGUAUAAAAUCCUGUUUCCUGUUGUGAUUGUGGACUUUUAAUAGACAGUCAUCUCCAUGAGCAGUGGUAACCCGGAGUAUUCCUCCAAUCACCUGGCUAGUCCCAGGUGAUUAGUAAGAAAACAAGCCUCAAAAACACUUUUAUUGUCCACUACAAGGGUUGUCCGGGAUGAAGUCAUGCAUGGACUUUAAAGCUAUUUUAGAGAAGUGACUAGUGAAUUAGCCCCUGAUUUUAGUCUGUAAGCUAGCUCACCCUUACACUACUGAUUACAGCCCUCCUCUACAGACAUGUGCUGUGGAAAUGAAGUAGAGUUACCUUAUUUACCUCAAAAGCUUACUUAGCAGCAUGCAUUCAAGAAUUCUUUCAACCAAGUCAUAUUUAUAUUUUUCUUAUUUUUGUUUUUCUCGAUUGUGUUGAACCAAAGUUUACAUAUUUUGUAUCAUGGUGCCUGCAAUCUGUCUGUCAAUAUUUAUACCUCUUUUCCUUUUAAUUUAAGAGCAAUUUUUUUCCAAUUUUGACUGGGAUCAUAUUUACUGAACAAUAGUGAUUCAAAAUCAUACAGAUUAAGGGACUGUCCUCCAGUGGUGUGAAGAAAAAACUUUAAAUUGUUUAACGUCUUUUCAAUGCAGUGAAACCAACCAUACUCAACUACACCUGACUGAGGAUACAGGGUAAAUCAUUCCAAUUAUGUCCACCAACUUGUCUCGUUUAGAAAUAAGGAAUGAAUACUGACUAUUUAAUUGUGUGUGAGGUACAAUUAGGUCCUUAUAUCAACAUACAGAUGCCCAAUAGUAAUCACUCACUUAAUUGGUCAAGAUGUCCAAUUUACAAACAUACAUUCUGAGUCAGGAAGUUCAAGGUCAUUAAAUUUAAAGAUCAAAUUUGUAUCUUUUCAUUGAUAAACACUUUGUCAUGACACUAUGAAGCAAUGUUGGUAAUAUAUAAAUCAGCUGACUAUAAAUUUCAAGGUCACUGGAACAUAGGAAAAUGGCUUCUUGAUGAUUAUAGGGGAUAUAUUGAUACAUAACAUGGGCCCUUGCUGACCUGUUUGGGACCAGACUUUUGGCUCUUUUCCAAAACUGAUUUCUUGAGUUAUAAGUUUUCAAGGUUUGUAUCACCACACAUAUUGAUACAACUGCUUCAUAUGACAAAAGACCAUUACACUCUAUUAAAAAGUGGAACUCAUUCUUGCAAUGGUACCCCUGUCCCCAAAAGGCUUGUUUGUUUACAAUAUUGAAUAAUAAUAUCAAUGAUAAAAAUAUUUUAUAAUAAUUACUUAAAUAUUUAGGUGAGUGAUGGAGACCCUCUGGGCCUCUUCAUUUUUUAUAAGAAUCUCUUUAUGGACUGUAUUUUUAUGCAUUGAUGAUAUUGCAUAAUUAUUUGAACAAUUGAUACUUUUAAUUAUUGUACAUUAUGUAUGCAAUUAUGAUUUAAAUUUGUAGACAACAUUAAUAUGUAUAUUUUAAUUAUUUCAUGCAUUAUGUCAUAUGUAAGAUACAGAUAAAAUUAUGUUUAUCAUUUUAGGAUCUGUGACCCCUCAUUGUCAAGACUUUUCAAUUCAUUUAAACAACCAAACCUAGUCAGAUUGUAAAGGUGUGUGAAAGGGUUCUUAAGUUUGAUCAAAUGAAUGACACUAUCACAAGUUUCAAAAUUAGUAUGCUAAAAACUUAUUUGUAAUAUUCAUGGUCCACAGUAAUGAUACCAGAUCUGCUGGUAGGAAGACCCAGGAAUCUUCCGUGGGGAAUUUCCUCAAUAGAUUACUGAAGACCUGGGAAUCUCCUGUGGGGAAUUUUCUCAAUAGAUUACUGAAGACCUGGGAAUCUCCCGUGAAAUCUUCCGUGGGGAAUUUUCUCAAUAGAUUACUGAAGACCUAGGAAUCUUCCGUGGGGAAUUUUCUCAAUAGAUUACUGAAGACCUGGGAAUCUUCCGUGGGGAAUUUCCUCAAUAGAUUACUGAAGACCUGGGAAUCUCCCGUGGGGAAUUACCUCAAUAGAUUACUGAAGACCCAGGAAUCUUCUGUGGGGAAUUUCCUCAAUAGAUUACUGAAGACCUGGGAAUCUCCCGUGGGGAAUUACCUCAAUAGAUUACUGAAGACCUAGAAAUCCUCCGUGGGGAAUUUUCUCAAUAGAUUACUGAAGACCUGGGAAUCUUCCGUGGGGAAUUUUCUCAAUAGAUUACUGAAGACCUAGGAAUCUCCCGUGGGGAAUUUUCUCAAUAGAUUACUGAAGACCUAGAAAUAUUCCGUGGGGAAUUUUUUCAAGAAUUAACUCAAUAUGAAAAACAUCAAACAAUGUGUAUUCCUUAAUGCCUAUAAAAGAUAAAGGAAUAUUUGACUUGUAACUUGUACACCUCCUUAAGACCUCCAGUGUAGGGACAUUUAACUUGUACACCUCCUUAAGACCUCCAGUGUAGGGACAUUUAACUUUAAUACUUUUGUACGUCCAAGAAUGUUGGACGAUUUGCCUUACAAAGUUUACACCUCCAUAAGGCAUAGUGUAUGAAUGAACCAAGUGUACAGCAAUGGUCUUUUACCUGCUAAGUUAGCUUCCUAUCACCACUUCACCCUGUAGGCAUUACUGUACAUCAGUAGGAAAAGUCAUUCUUACAACUGUGCCUUUACAACAUCUAGACUUGCACAUUCUUUCCUAUACAUGUGUAUGUUUUUAGAUUUCAUGUAAAAAUUACAGAGAAAUUAAAAUAUGAGCUUUGGUCAUUAUUA